AUGAAGCCGCUAAAGUUAGCACAUUCUGAAGGACAUACAGAUGUUUGUUAUGAUUCUUCUGGCAGUUUUAUUCUGACUGGCGGCAGUAAUGGGAAAGUUUGUAUCUGGGAGGGUCAAGAUGACACAGAUACCACUACAGUCAGUAUUGGUGGCACAAUAUUUGCCCUUGCUUUUCAGGGUGGACGCUUCUUUGCUGCAACUGAUGAAAAUGCAAUCCGCAUUCAUACUUUUCCCGAUGGAGUUAGUGAUGGUAUGGUGACCAGAUUUACGGCACCUUGUCGGCAUUUCACGAUCAGUGAGGAUGGUUCUAUGCUGGUUGCGGGCUCAGACGACUUUAAAAUCAAAAUUAUUUCUAUGGAAGAAAAUGAAUGCAUCUGCUUGUAUUCGGAGCACCAGGCACCCGUGUUGAGUAUUGCUCUUGAUCCUACACGAGAAUUCAUAGCUUCUUCAAGUUGUGAUGGGAGUGUGAAAAUCUGGAACGUCAUUGAUGGAUCUACAGAGAAAACAUUGAGCAUCUUGCCAAAGUGCAGUGAGCCCAGCCAAGCCAAGUCACUUUGUCGUCUGUGCUGGUCAAAAGAUGGGGAGUUCCUUUUGAUCCCUUUAAACAAUGAAAUUUUUGUGUACCUGCGGUCUUCAUGGGAAGUAGUAAAGAAAGUUAACAAUCCUGCAAUUAAGGAGAUUAUUUCUGUGAUGACACUGAGCCACGAUGGAAAACAUGUUGCUGUGGGCUGUACAAAUGGAGAUAUGGGAAUAUUUGAAUGGCAGAUUAACAAACUCAUUGAGAGACAAUCACAUCCUAAACAUUUGACCAUCACCUCCAUGAUCUGGAAUCCUAAAAAGUCGAAUGAGUUGGCCUUUGCGGACAACAUGGGGCAGCUUGGCUUCCUGGAUGUUGCAGAAUUAAGCAAACAGUCAGCACCAGGACAUUUGGUUAAUGGAGAUUCUACAUUUGGCGACUUUGACGAUGACAUGGAAGUGCCAAGUGAACAGGAUGGUGUCGAUGCUGAUGACAUAGAUAAAUUUCUUGACGAUGACGACGAUGAAAACAGUAUAGAUAUUGGCAGCAUCAAAAGACGUUUGAAUCCACUCAUUGGCCUUGAUGAUAAUGGUAAGUUUUACUCCAUGGCAAGUAGUAGAGUAGAUGAUGACAAGCCAGCCAUGCCCGUGGUGGUUCCUCCUGUGAUGACACUUCCUGACAAUAUCUUCAAGCCAACAAUCUCCCUGACAUAUAUAUAUAUAAAACAUGCUUUGUUGUUUCUCUGUGUAUGGAAUUCUGUUGGAAUUGUACGACAGUACACAUCAGAUGAUGAAAACUCUAUUGAUGUUGAAUUUCACGAUACUUCUACGCACCAUGCUUUGCACAUAGACAAUAAACUAGAGUACAUGAUGGCGGAUUUAUCAACGCAAGCUCUGUUACUGGCUUCUAGAAGUGAUCAGGAUAGUCCUAGCAAACUGUUGUGCAUGCACUUUGGAUCCUGGGACAGCCACAAAGAAUGGUCAUAUGACAUGCCUGAAGGAGAGGACAUCCAGGCAAUUACAGUGGCAGAGACAUGGGCGGCUGUCGCUACAUCAUUGCGGAAUGUGAGAAUCUUCUCCAUCGGUGACCUGCAGUGCCAGGUGUUCUCCUUACCUGGGAUUGUUGUGGCGCUGGCCUCACACGAAAACAAGUUACUGGCUGUCUACCACAAGGGAAUGGGAGUUCCUGGAGAUCAGUACAUGGGUGUCAGUGUCUUGAGGGUCAAAGGCAACACCAGAUCAAAGGUCAUCAGUGAUGACACUCUGCCAUUGUCCCCAGCCUCAAAAUUGGCAUGGAUUGGUUUUUCAGAAGAAGGAACUCCGUUUUUCAUGGACUCCCAGGGUAUUGUGAGGAUGAUGAACCAACAUUUUGGCUCUACAUGGACACCUGUGGUCAACACCAGGCAGCAUGUGAAGGGCAAAUCUGAUCAUUAUUGGCUUGUCAGCGUCAGUGAAAGACUGCAACAGAUCAGGUGUGUCCCAUGUAAAGGAUCCAGGUAUCCAGCUACCUUACCCCGCCCUGCACUUGGUGUUUUACCAUUCCAGCUGCCUUUGUGUGAUGUCAGUUCAGAGAAAACCCAAUAUGAGGAGUCAUACCAGAGAAGCAUCCUGAUGGCCAGGAGCUUGGAAAAGUCAGGACUGGUGGAUGAAGAUGAGCUAGUGAAACCAGUGAGAGAGGCUCUCGUCAAACUGUUUGCUUUUGCUGCCAAAUCAGAAAAAGACUUUAGGGCCUUGGAAGUGUGUGACCUGAUGGAGGAUCAGAGCCUCUUACACAUCGCAGCCACAUACGCCUCUCGCUUGAAACGAAUGCGGCUGGCGGAGCGUGUUAGUGGAGUUAUGCAGAAGCGGCAAGAGGAAGCGGAGCACAGGUUUAGUGAAGCACAAGCUGAGAGUGAAGACGAGCGGGAAACAAAUGAUCAUAGAUCUUUACCGCACACCACUGAGGCUGAGGACAAUGAGGAGGAAGUCAAUGGAGACAGACAGUUGAGUGAUGGUGAAGAACACACACAAACAAACACAGGUCCCAUUUUGAAAACCUACAUUGAAAAGGAAAUUAAAGCAAAAGAGAAACCAUCCUUUCGACCAAAUCCAUUUAAGUUGUCAGGAUCAUCAGAAAAGAAUACAACAAAAGGCUCACACGUGUUUGACAAAAUGGAGAAGACAACGCCAAAAGCAUCUCCAAUUUUUGCCCCACUUCCUGUCAGCAUUAAGAGGUCAACUAAAAAGUCAGGGACUCAACCCAAAGUGAUAAGCUUCUCAAAAGAGAGUAAGAAGAGUGAGGACACUAAUUCAGCACAAGAAAACAUGUUCAGCAUCAAAAGUGAAGUUUCAUCUCGAACAUCACAGAAGCUAUCAGAGAACAUGGCAGUGAAAAAAAAAAUUAGUGCCUUUGAUCUUUGGUAUGAGUCAAGCAAAGAUGACAUUCAAGCUACACACCCUGACUUAGCAGAGGAGGAUUUAAGUCAGAAGGCAGCAGAGGGUUUCCGGGCUCUGACCAAGGAAGAAAGACAGACUUGGGUGGAGAAAGCCAAGACAUUAAAUGAUGCCAGUGAUGAUAACACGAUGAAGAAACGUAAACUGUUUAGUGCUGGCGGCGAUAACGAUGAGGGGGCAGUCAUUCAGGAAGCCAGCAAGAAGGUCAAGGUCGAAAGUACAAGUGUUAAAAAGACAGCACUGUCUCAGUCUGUUAAUUCCAAACUGGCAAGAUUUGCCAAAUCUAACUAG